CGUUAUUUUUCUCUACAUUUAUUUUAUGGAUUAGUGUGAUCACUGAUAACAUCUACUAAAAAAACGUGAAAUCUACAUGUGUGAGAAGUAGUUGAUAAAAUUUGAGACAAAAUCCACCCAACCCUCCAAGUGCUCACCUCUAAUAAAGCUUAGAUGUAUUUCAUUCAUGUCAACUUUUAUGGUUAACCACAUCGUUGAAGUAAAGUUUUUCCUCUUGACUUAAAUUUAUGUAGUAAUCACUCUCUUUUUUCACAAGUCGUAAAGGUUCGGACACACAAGUGUAUUUGACCUGAAUUGAAACAAGAGUUUCAAAAUUAAAAUUUUUAUGUACUAGAAGGAUGAAAUCGAAGAAACGUAAGAGGUCAAUUGAUAUUAUUUGCUAAAGGAGAGCCGUAUCAUGCAAAUGAAAGUAAUUUGAGGGCUAAUUCGUAAUUGUGUUAUGAAAUCGAGAAAAGGGUUUUCGCCGGUACUGCCCAAAUGUUGUAUAUAUAUACAUCUUAACUCCAACUGCAAAGAGAAAUCUUCCGCCUCCAACGAUGCAGAGCUUCCGUAAUUAGGGUUUCGUAUUUGUUCGCCGCAUGGCGUCUCCUCUUCUUCUUCACACCCGGCAAUUUACAGGCUCUGUUCCUCUUCUUGUUUAUUGUUUGGGUGUUUACAGGCUCUGUUCCUCUUCUUGUUUAUUGUUUGGGUGUUUGGGAAAGAUGGGUUCUUUUAACUAAAACGGGGCUGAAGUUUGGCUCUUUGGCUCAUGUUUUAAUGCCAUAGAGAUGAAUGCAGCUACCCAAUAACAAAUUCAAUUCUUUUCAUCCUUUUCUUCUCAGUCUGGUUUCUGGGUUGAUAUCUAAGGGGAUGGAAGGGUUGAUACAUCUCCUUCCAUUGCCUAUCUGGUUUUCUCAGUUCCAUAAAUACGCUUUCUCUUAAUGUCUUUAAUUCAUUCGAGUGGUGAUUCAGGCAGCCUCUUUGCCAAUAAACAGAUGGCGAAGAAGGUGUUUAACUGCUCGUAAAGUAAUGUCUUUUGACUCUUCAGACUUGCUGAGAAUUUUCUCUAUGAAGCUGGUCUAGUAAGCUUAAGCACAUCCCCGAAGUCUUUGGACCAUGGUUUUUUGCCAUUUCUUUUGGGAUCUUCUCCCCUGUUCUGGAUUUGAGCUGGUUAAUCUUUCCAAAGUGACCAACAACGUUGGGAAUAGACAGUCGGUUCCAUGGUGUAGUGGUGAGCACUCUUGGCUUUGACCUGGGUUCGAAUCCCGGUGGGACCUGUCAAUUUCUUAUUAUACCAGCACACAUAGUUUUGCAAAUUUUGACAGAACCAUAACAGAACUGAGACAAAUAAUAAGAACUGUAUUGAAAAUGAACUGGAACCAAGAAUAUAACUAUCAGUCAACUCAGGUAAAUAUACAACUGUGAAAAUUUUGACAGAAACUAGUCAUUACAAAGCCUCACUGCACGUGAAACAAGAACUACUCUGUACUAUAAUUGCAUUCCGAAGAAACUACUAUAUACAUCAUCUAUGACAUUUUCACGGUGUAGACGUGUAGUUAUGUUUAGGACUACUGGUAAGAUCAUCCAUGGCGGCGUUGGCUGCCAAUAAAAAUGCGAUUCCUUAGUCUCUGUUGUUCCAACGACGCAAAGAUCUUUCACUGUACCUAGCCGGAGAUUCAUCUGUAUCCAUCAUUUUAGUAUCUUUUGCCUCCAUGGCUUCUGAACACGUUGUGGCUUAUCCAUCUGAGUUCAUGUUUGGUUGGUCAUCAUACAUUGAUUCCUACUGGCACAACCCGACCUACCUCCUCAUUAGUGACUAGGCCCCUACUUGAUCCAAAAACACUGGAAAUACAUCAAAUGGGAAUAACAGUUGACAGGUAGUAAGGUUCUGGAAUCUGAAUUAGCAGUUAUCAUCAUCACUUGCUUAAUCCAAAAACUAAUUCUUGCAGAAAAAAACAUUGGCUUUUUAUCUGGACACUCUUCAGGACGAAAGGAGAUAGAAACAGGGCUGUGCCCUCAAGCAGAAUUAUGGUCAUAAAAUAGAGUACCAAAGAUGUUACAUUAAUAACAGUUCACGUUUAAUUCAUAACAUCCAUGAGCACAACUUAUGCACCAAAAUCAAGCUCCAAUGAUCAUUGUCAAGCUAAAACUAGUUGCUUAUGCAACAAACGUAACGCUAAGCACAGGACCAACAAUGUCACUUAGAUAAUCAAAGAAGCAAGAAGACCCUUUAAGGCAGCAAGCGACAGAAAUACUUGCCUCCUAGCUCUGGAAUCAAAUUGGAAUCUAGCACAAUGGAGAAGGCAGGGGAGCGUGGCAGCACCGGCGGCUGAUAUAGCACAAUUGCCACUGCCUCCACCAGUCACAGAAACGGGCUCUUCACUAGAAAGAAGAGCACGAGAGCGCACCAGUCUCCUGCACUUCGCGGGGGUGAGAGUUGAAAGGAGAAGAGAAAUCUUCCUCGAUUUCUUGAAAGCCCUUGCGCUUCAUUGCCGACGAUUACUGUCGAUCGAACACUUGGAACUCGAGCCUUAAGGCAAACACAACCCUAGAUUCUCUGAUGAUACCUCAGAUACCCAAACUAGAUCACCGGAACGGCUACCGACGCCGGCUUUCAGGUCGUCAUACUUCCGGUACGUUGAGGAUUAAUGCGCCUGCACGAAUAAAUCAAUCGUUCUAGCGAUCGGUAGUCAGUAUGUUACUGUGUUUCCUCUCUGUAUCUUCUGGUACUUUCUUGUUGUCCUUCCCGCGGUUUUCCUCUACCGAGCGCGCGCCUAACACUAAACCAGGCCGAGAGUCCUAAUGGGCCUUGAGAUUGAGCUACAUUGGGCCUUCUAUUCCCCAAAUACUGACAGCCCAUCGCCAUCUGCGACUGCGAGAGUUCAGAGCUCGCAGACUCGAGUCUCAAUUUUCACGACUAUCUGUGCUAGGCCGGCGGUGGUGCUCACUUCCUGGGAAAUGGCGACGCCGACCUCCGUCUUCAGAUUGAAGUUUAUGCCUGCGGCGACUCUCCGUCUCUUCCAGGUAGAAAAUGUAAAUACGCCGGCCAAUCAGUGCGGCAACGGCGCUCUGAAGACUGCAAUUCCGGGGAAGGAAAUGAGAAUGGAAAUGUUAAUUUUAGCUCCGGCGAAGGUGAAUGUGAAUUGCUGGAGUAUGGAGAAGUUUCCGUCGUUGCCGUCAAGUAGUGGCUCGUCAAAGCAUUUAUUGAAGUCUGUAAAUUGCGCUUCUUCUUCUUCUUCAUCUGUCCAGCAGGUCCAAGAACAACGAGAGGUUGAUUCGGGGAUUAUAUGCGAACCUUGCAACGGGCAAGGAUGGGUAGUUUGUGAUUUCUGCAAAGGGCAGAAAACUAACGUGAAAGCCGAGAACAAACGAGUAUACCGCCGGUGUCCAUCUUGCAAAGCGGUUGGAUACCUCUUGUGUUCAAAGUGCAAAGUGUUCAAAUGUGUUACAUUUCCGAAUUACAGUGACGGAGAGCAGCUGUCCUUCUAAUCAACCCGCCUGUCUAUUGCCAUUGCCAAGUGCAAUCCUUGUGAGUAGUGGAACAAUACAGAAUACUGUUAGUUUGUUGAAGUGUUGGGAAAUCUUGAUUCGCAGGUUCCUAUCAUUUUCCUCACUUGUGCAUAUUGUUAUUGAUGUAAAUUGAAUUCGAUGGCGAUUCAUGAAUCCAUUUUUUUUUUCGUAUUUGAUUGUGAAAGGUGUCCCUUGUUGACUUAUUAGAUCAGUUCUGUGUCCUCUGCCUUCACUAACUAAGAAUCUUUGUGCCUAUGAUUGCUGAGGCUCUGCAUUUUUUACUGUAAACCAUGUUCAUAACUUCUCAAGUAUUGUCAAUCCUUCCUGAUAUUUACAUAGUUCGUUAAGCACUUGAACAUAACAGAACAUUAUCCCAUCAGAACCAAGUGGUUUGAAGUAGCUUAAGUACAAUUAGGCAUUGUAAUAUAUAGACAUAACCACUCUCAUCUGCCAAGAAUAUGCUUCCUAACUGUGAUACAGCUAGUUGUCCCAAUUUCAAUGAUAAGCCCAUGUCGGGCUGAAUCGGAUGAGAUUGUUGGGAUGUUCGGCUAUCAGACUAAACCAUUUUUCUUAGAUUGCCUUGCUAUAGAUUGAUUGGCAUGUGUUCUCUUAUCUGCAUGUCCCAAUGUUUCUUUGGCUUUCCUAAAAUGUGUAACUUGUAUACCAUUUUUAUGACGAUGGACUUAGUGCAAACGUCCGAGACUACCCCAGGUUACAGUACCGCCAGCAUGAGCACAAAGGGUUUUCCCGUAAUGUGUACACUAUAACAGAGAUCAAUUCAACACGCUUUGAUUCCGAGUCUCUAUAAGUAACGGCAUCUAGUUCCAGGUUCUAGGUUUUAAUGCAAUCUUUCCUCUGCAUUGUUUUCUUCAUGCUUACAGUUGCUUAGCUUUUACUUAUUAAUGACUAACUUUUGCUUGCUUUGUUGGCCAAUCUCUUACCCGAAUCAAGGUGGUGGCCUCCUAGUUGAUUAAGUCGUUAGAGAAGUAGUUACAGACUGACUUUUUGGGCUGUAGACUUCAGAGUCCAUUAGAAACCCUUUUACACUUUUCAACAGGGGUUCUCUGUACCUCAGCUCCAUUGCGUUAUACUGAUAGAUGGUGACAUUAACUUAUUAAACUUAGUUGUUCUAA